AUGUCGAAACCACGUCCAACCGACAUUCCUUCCUUUGCGGCGGGCCAGCUCACCCUCCUGGAUGCUGAACUCCAAGCCGAGCUCUCGGAAACAAACGCUCUUCUCUCAUUGCAUACCCCAGCCACGCUUUGCCGAGCUGGGCUGGCCAUCCUGAAUCUUAAUGUCUCUUCUAUACGUACAGGCCUUGGCGGCAAGACGGUUGUCGAACUUGCUGUCGACCCUGCUGUCGUGAGGAAAGGUGACAAGGCAGAUAUACCUGAGCAUGGCAUUAGGACCGGUGAUAUUGUGGCCAUCCAGGAUCAGCCCGCGGGAAGCGCGAGGAAAACCGAGAAGCGUGAGCUGACGAAGAAGGGCGUCGAGGGUGUGGUCUUGAGAAUCAGGAGAGAAAAUGUCGAGAUUGUACUGGACAAGGAGGACGCGGAUGUGCCAAGUGGCGGAAAGCUAUGGAUGAUGAACCAGGCGAUGACCAAGCUCUACAAAUUCCAGGACCAGGACUAUACACCCUUCAUUCGUGUACUAUUCGGGCAAGCAUCUCCAACGCCCCUUCCUUGCGAUCUCAAUGACCCCUCAAACCCCCUCCACAAGCUUGAAUGGAAUGAUCCUACCCUAAAUGACAGUCAAAAGGAAGCAAUAAGAUUUGCCCUAGCAUCACGAGAGGUUGCUUUGAUCCACGGCCCCCCAGGGACUGGCAAGACACAUACGCUCAUCGAGCUUAUCCUCCAGAUGCUUGAGCAAAAACUGCGUCUUCUGGUUUGCGGUCCCUCAAACAUCUCAGUUGAUAACAUCGUAGAGCGUCUGGCAUCACAUAAAGUUCAGAUGAUACGACUGGGACAUCCAGCUCGUCUCCUGCCAUCCGUGCUCAGCCACUCUCUCGACGUGCUUACCCGAACCUCAGAAGCUGCAGCUCUUGUUCAAGACGUUCGUAAAGAAAUGGACGAUAAGCAAUACUCCAUCCGCAAGACGCGCAAUGCCAAAGAGCGGCGCCAGAUCUACGGCGAGUUGAAAGAGCUGCGGAAAGAGUUCAGAGAGCGGGAGAGGGGUUGUGUAGAGAACUUGGUAAAAGGUAGUAAGGUCGUCCUUGCGACAUUGCAUGGUGCAGGGGGCUUCCAUCUCAAAGGUCAGGAAUUUGAUGUCGUGAUAGUCGACGAAGCAAGCCAAGCUCUUGAAUCCCAGUGCUGGGUUCCACUGCUCUGGGUUAAAGCAAGGAAAUUGGUUCUUGCAGGCGACCACCUCCAACUUCCACCCACCAUCAAGUCAUUAAAUCCAAAAGAAGCGAAGGCUGCGAAGAAGGAGGGCAAGAAGAGUAAGGACAGAAAAGCUGAGGCCGGGGAAGUUGAUGACAACAUGACGUUAGAAACCACGCUCUUCGAUAGGCUACUUGCACUUCACGGCCCGUCUAUUAAACGCAUGCUAACGACGCAAUAUCGCAUGCAUGAACAAAUCAUGCGAUUCCCGUCUACAGAACUAUAUGAAUCGAAACUCAUCGCAGCCGCCUUCGUCAAGGAUAGACUACUAAAGGAUCUGCCUUACGGCGUCAAGGAUACCGAAGAUACUCGGGAACCAUUGGUCUUCUGGGAUACACAAGGCGGCGACUUUCCAGAAAAGACGGAAGAUGACGGAAUCGGAAGCAAAGGAAGUAAAGGCAUGAAUUUGGGGGACAGCAAGAGUAACGAAGCAGAAGCAGCUUUAGUGAAAAUGCAUGUGAGCAAUCUAAUAGACGCCGGGGUCAAGGCCGAAGAUAUUGCUGUAGUUACCCCAUACAAUGCCCAGCUGGCCAUCCUAUCUCAAGUGCUUAAAGAAGCAUUUCCGGGCAUUGAAUUGGGCUCGGUCGACGGGUUUCAAGGCCGCGAGAAAGAGGCUGUUAUCGUGAGUAUGGUGAGGAGCAAUCCGGACCACGAAGUGGGGUUUCUGGGCGAAAAGCGUAGGCUCAAUGUGGCCAUGACGCGACCAAAGAGGCACCUCUGCAUUGUAGGGGAUUCGGACACUGUCGGCCGGGGAAGCAAGUUCCUCAAGAACUGGAUGGAGUUCCUCGAAGAGAAUGUAGACUUAAGGUAUCCUAGUCUUGCGGACGUCUACGUGGACGAACAGGAGGGCGGAUGA